UUUCAGAAAAAUCAUGUUCGGUUGUAUUUGAAAUCAGUCGCAUGCAUAGUAGGAGAUGAGUUCGGCUGGAUGAUCGAAUACUGCCAGCCAGCAAUCCUGGAAGCGCGGUUACCGUUUAUUAGUGAAAUCCAGUUAGUGAUCGGAACUGAAAGCAUAUUUUCUAUCAUACGGUAUCUUUUCCUUACGUUUUGUUUACCAGUGCCGUCCGUUUCGCUCGGUGAUAUGAGCUGUCCAUUCUUUUUCAGUAUUUUCAUCAAACUUCAAACGAGUCGUAUGAAUGGCACAGUAAUAGCAAACAGUUUGGAUGAAGUGAUACGACGACUCUUUUCAAUUAAUAUCUCUAGUAAAGUGAAAUUCUCUUACUUCGAUCCUUAACUGCUGAAUAGACCUAGAAAAUUCUGGCAUGCGGAUGAAUACAAACUACAUAACGGCAGCAACUGCUGUAUCUCUGUUAUGGAUAUUCAUUAUGAUGGCAUAUCUGGGAUUACUAGAUGAACCGAGAGCACGAGUCAUUUCCUUACGUCAACAAUAUCAUGCAUCAGUUCAUCCAACUCUUGAUGGUCAUUCAGAGAUGAUUAUACUACCUAUAACUCUUAACAGUAAUGAGAACAAUAAUGAUAUAUCGAAAGAAAUGCAGGAGGAGCAGUUUUCACUAAAUAAAAUACCGGAAGUUGAUCUUGAAAAGCUGUCUAUCAUACAAAAUCAACAGGAACAGAAACAACGUGAAAUAAGUUACGCCAAAUAUGCAUUCAAUGAAUUUCUGAGCAGUAGGAUUGGACCACAGCGAAAGAUCCCAGAUACACGCCAUUACUUAUGUCUAAAUGAAAGCUAUUCGGAAGAAUUGCCUGCAGCAAGUAUUGUCAUUUGUUAUUAUAAUGAAGCUUCAUCAGUUCUGAUUCGCAUGGUUAAUAGUAUUCUGGAUAAAACGCCAUCAAAUUUGAUUAAUGAAAUAUUACUGGUGAAUGACCACAGCGAUCUCGACAAUACAUCUGAUGCUGCGGUACGCGCAUAUGCUCAUGAGAACUGGAACAGUGACGUGGUGAAAAUGUUGAGUACGGAAAGGAAUGAGGGAUUGAUUCGAGCAAAAAUAUUUGGAGCUCAGCAUGCUAGAGGUGAAGUACUAGUGUUUUUAGAUAGUCACUGCGAAGUAAAUGAACGAUGGCUCGAACCCCUGUUGGAUCGAAUCGUUACUGAUAGGCAUACGGUUGUCUGUCCGAUUAUCGACAUCAUUGAUGCAAAUACUUUGAAGUAUAUCGAGUCGCCAAUAUGCAAAGGGGGCAUGUCAUGGUCACUUGCAUUCAAAUGGGAUUACCUCCCAUCAUCGUACUUCGAUGAACCCAAACAAUAUGUACGCCCGGUGAAAUCACCAACAAUGGCUGGUGGUUUAUUCGCCAUUGAUAAGAAAUAUUUCGAUAAGCUUGGACAGUAUGAUCGAGGGAUGGAAAUUUGGGGAGCAGAAAAUGUAGAAAUUUCUUUGAGGAUUUGGAUGUGUGGUGGCCGAUUGGAAAUUAUUCCAUGUAGCAGAAUUGGUCAUAUAUUUCGCCAACGGCGGCCAUAUGGAUUUGGAAUUGAUUCAAUGGGCCACAAUGCAGCUCGUACUGCCAAUAUUUGGCUCGAUGAAUAUAUCGACCAAUUUUAUGCAGCUAGGCCAAAUCUGAGAGGGAUCGAUAUAGGGGAUAUAAAGGAAAUGAAAGCAUUACGCAAGAAACUGCACUGUAAAUCGUUUUUUUGGUAUCUCCAAAAUAUUUAUCCAGAACUACUGACGAACAACCAUCCGACAAUGGUUGACCUAAAGAAAUCUGAUAUGUUACGGAAUAGAAAUAUCGCAAGAUAUCACAUAAUCUUAUACAACACGAGCUUAUGUCUGACAGCUCAGUCAACGAAUGGACGUUUGGUGAAGGGGAAUAGCGUCGUGGUGGAGUAUUGCCGCAAUGGAAAUCGUCAUCAGAAUUGGCGCUGGACAAAACUUGGCGAACUUCGCCCUAUGGGUUCGGCAACGCUCUGUCUCGACUCGUUAAAGGGACCGCGUAUUCUAAAAUGCCACCUACAGGGUGCUCAUCAACAAUGGUCGCUUAUGGGUCGUAAAAUCUACAAUGCAGCGGUUGGUCAGUGCCUACACAGCGGAAAGGAGUUGUCUAGCGUAGUUAAAAAUCGUUUUUGUUCUGUUGCAAGUGAAUGGGAAUUUCGGGUUAGCCCACAAACUAAGUGACUUUGAUCCUCUCUUUACUUAUUUAUCAGUUAUACUGAUGACCUCUGAUAUCCUUCCGUGCGAAACUGGCUAUUACGACUAGCUCAUCUCACAUCCCUGUUAAAAUGUUAUUCUAUAAAAAAAUCUGUGUAGAUGCCAUUUUAUAAAAAAUUAAGUGAACGCAAAGUUUUAUAAACAGG